AUGAGACACCCUGCAGCACGCGCGCUGCUCGCGCACACCGCCGCUCCGCGGACCCCACGCUUCGUCUCCCGCGCGGCCUCGUCUUCCUCAAGUCCCAGCUCCAACUCCAGCGCUUCCGCCGCUCCCGCCACGGCUCCCCUGAAUCCACGCUGGCUCUCGGACCUCAAGGCGCGCAUUGGCAAGUGCAUCAUGUUUGGGCUGAAGCCCGCCCAGGUGCAGCGCGCCGGCGCCAUCCUGCUUGAGAUGUCGAGGGACUGGCGGGAGCUGGUAGCGGGCAGCGAGGGCUUCUUGACCACAAAAGGCUGGAGAGGCCUGUACAGGCAAGGCGUGGUCUGGGGCGAAAUGGUGCGCUCUACUCUAUACGGACGCUGGGUGGGCCAUGUAAACAAUGUCACGUACAACCGAUAUGCCGAGUCUGCGCGCGUCAAUUGGACGUUGAACUAUGCGAAUAUUCAUGACCCGGCCCAUAAGACGGAGUGGAGCCAACUGGUUUCCUCCAUGGGACACGGACUGAUACUCCGCAGUAUCAAGACGGACUACAAAUUUCCCAUGACGUAUCCUGAUAGGGUGACGGUGUUGCACAAGCUGCGCUCGGAGCCCUCGCCAGACACGGACUCUUUUAUCCUGGAUGUAAUCAUCUUGUCAGAAGUGCACCGGCGGGCGGCGGCACGGUGCGUCGAGGACGUGGUCGUGUACGAUUAUAAGAGGGCGCGGAAGGCGCCACUCAAGGGCUUCAUGGUGGAGCAGUUCCGGAAGACGUUUGCGCUGCAGGAAGCGGCCAAGCAGAAGUACGGGGAGCGGGUCAAGAGGCUGGCGGAAGAGGUGCGCGGGCUAGAACAGGACAGCUGGGACAAGGAGGGCGCAGUCGAGGAUUUUGGGAGCAGCAAGCAGCAGCAGGUAGAAUGAUAGCAGCGGGGCGCGUGACAGACUCGUUGUGACUGCACGACGGAGAUCAUUGCCCGGCGGGCUGGGCGGGGGUGCGGUGAUUCGCCGAUCCAUCUCACGACUUUCUAACGGCGGUUGGCGGUUGGCGGUUGGCGGCUGAGCGGGCUGGCGGGGUGGGGGGAAGAGAUGUCGAGCAGUGCUGGUUGUGGACAGCUGCGCUAGGCGGGCACCGGCC